UAUCUAGCACACAGAUAAUAGAUAGAUAUAUAUAUAUAUAUGACCCUUUAACUUUAUAUAACCAAAUAUACACUAUGUAAUCUUUCUCAUUUCACUUAUUAAACACCCAACAUGGCUAGUGUAUUGAAAGUACCGUUUGAUGUUGGAAUGAGGCGGCUGUUUUAUGCUGUAACACCUAAUGAAACCUCCUUCUCUGAUGUUAAAGACGUACCGGCUUACACAGACGAAUCCGGACCAUUCUUCUUCGUUUUAAUAUUCCUGGAGUUGGCCAUUUCAGCUUACAAGAAAGAUGGAAAGUACAGACUCGGUGAUAGUAUCACAUCCAUUAGUGCUGGAGUAAUUUCUAGAUUUCCAUUGUUAUUUGUAAAAGCCAUUAGUCUUGUGGCGUAUAUGUGGGUACAUGAGCACUUCAAAAUAUUCCAGUUACCAUGGAAUUCACAAUGGACAUGGUGGUUGUGCUUUUUAGGCGUUGAUUUGGGUUAUUACUGGUUCCAUAGACUUGCACACAAGGUGAAUUUUAUGUGGGCAGCCCAUCAAGUACACCACAGUUCAGAAGACUACAAUCUAGCAACAGCCUUACGACAAUCCGUGUUACAGAGUUAUACAUCCUGGGUGUUUUAUCUUCCCCUUGCCUUAUUUAUUCCACCACAGAUUUUUAUUGUACAUCAAGAGUUGAAUAUCUUAUAUCAGUUUUGGAUACAUACACAGUACAUAAAAUCCCUCGGGCCGUUGGAAUAUAUACUUAAUACUCCAAGUCACCACAGAGUACAUCAUGGUAGAAAUCGUUAUUGUAUUGACAAGAACUAUGCUGGAACCCUCAUCAUAUGGGACAGAUUGUUUGGAACGUUUGAAGCAGAAAAUGAAGAAGUAGUAUAUGGGCUUACCCAUCCUUUAAAUACCUUUGAUCCAAACUACGUACAGUUUUGCCACGCCAAGUAUACUUUUCGACGGUUUUUGGAUACGAAGGGAAUAAAAAACAAAUUAGGUGUGUUAUUUUGUGGACCAGGAUGGGACCAAGGAAAACCUAGAACAGGAUUAAUUGAAGAUAUCCCAAACGUUAAGGCACCACAUCCAAAGUAUGACCCAAAGCAUUCUUUGAUAGUUAAUAUUUAUGCUGCUGUUCACUUUACAGUACUACUGAUAAUGAACCUUGAGCUUGUAACACAGAAAGGGGGUUUGUCACAAGCUUUGAUCAUUUGUUUAUUAUUGUAUUUCGGAUUUAGUCUUACUUGCUUUGGGAAAAUAUUUGACAAUGCACCAGGGGCUGUGUAUUGCGAGAUUACACGAUGUGGUGCAUCGUUAUUACUGGAUUGGGUGAUGUGCUUUUUUGAAGUAUAUCAACCAAGCGAUCGUCCAGAAAGUGUCAUGUUACUACAGAUGCUAUUCUUUAUAAGUAUAGUGUCCAUCAUGCUUCUGUUCACAAUAAGGAAGGACAAAACAGCUUGAAUCAGUGCAUAACAAGAUUAUUUCAAAGAAAUUAUAAUCUAAACACAACAGGUUCUUUUCAGUGAUAUCAAUUUAACGGGUGAAAUAUAUUGUUAUGGUUGUUUUCACAGAAUUUGUCAAUUUCAACAAAUGUGAUAAUUCAUCAAACCCUAAAAAGUUGAUUAACUUAGUUAAUUUAAAAUUCCUGAGGUAAUUUAACAGUGAUCAAAUAUAUUUGAAAGACACGUGCACGUUUCCUUAAAAACGCCCUUUUAUUGUUAAUAAAAUCAUGCAAUACUGAUUUCAGUUCGCAGAAUACAUGUCAAUGCAAAUGUUUAAGAAACCAAAUACUCCGAACGUAUCUAGUGCAUCAAAAACAAAAAGAACAUAAAC